UUUAGUUGUCUGCUAGCUUUUGUUUAUGCUUCGCGCUUUAUUUUAUUAAAGCGAAUAUCUUUGUUUGCACUCAAAAGGGAGUAUAUUUUUGAAAGAAUUUUUUUAAAAUGACUAUUAUGUCAUUAACUCCAACAUUUUAUAGAAAAAUCAGUACUAGUAUCUGCCGUUUGAAAAUAGUUCCAAGCAAUUUGAAAGGGAAAUCAAAAAGUUCACAGGAUUGGAUCACGAGACAACUAAAUGAUGAAUAUGUAAAAAAAUCUAAAUAUGAUCGCUACAGAUGUCGGAGUGCGUACAAACUUUUGGAAAUUGAUGAAAGAUUCAAAAUCUUUAAACCAGGCUUCUUCGUUGUUGAUUGUGGCGCAGCACCGGGUUCAUGGACUCAAGUUGUAGUGAAAAAGUUGAAUUUAAGAGAAUCGGAGGCAGGGAUUGCAGUUGCUGUUGACCUGCAAUACAUGGAGGAUAUUGAAGGUGCAAUAGUUAUUAAACAAUCAAACUUUCUGGAACAAACAGUACAAGAUCAUAUAUGCAGUCUAUUACCUAAUGGAAAGUGUGAUGUUGUAUUGAGCGAUAUGGCUCCCAAAGCUACAGGAACUUAUGAACUAGAUUCAGUGGCAAUAGUAACUUUAGCAUCAAGUGCUUUAAAAUUUGCAACAAAAACUCUGAAAAAAGAUGGCACGUUUUUAUGCAAAUUAUGGGAUUGUUCAAAUGUUGAAACAAUGGUUAGUUCUAUGAAAAAUAUAUUUUCUUCAGUUAAAAGAAUUAAACCAAAAGCAAGUCGUUCUGAUUCAUCUGAAUUAUUUUUGCUAGCAAGAGGAUAUAAAUUAUGAUGUGUAUCAAUAAAAGUUUAACUACAAGAGAUUUGUUUUAUUAAACAAUGUUUACUUUUUCACACAACUAUUAAAGAACAGGUAUUAAAACACAC